AUGGAGGUGACCGAUUUCAUCUUUAAAGAACGAGAGGAGGUCCUCUUGGCAGGUGAUUACAAUGCCUAUUGGACCCAUACCGCUCGCAAAUUGCACAAACUUCGCAAGAAGCUUGGGCAGACCACAGCCAAAGGCCGCAAAUACACGGCUAAACCGGCAGUGAGCACCGAGAAUGUCGGGGAUAAUGUGGCAUAUGUGCAUCUGUUGCUUCUCAGUUCUGAGCGAGCAUGGGCGCAAGCUAUGCACAUGAAAUCGACACACUCCGCCGACCCAUCCGCCAAGGGAAUUUCCGGGGCUGCUAGACGUCAUAUCAUUUCGCGAUUGAAUAAGGCUACCGGGUAUGCUCAGAAUUUGGUCGCAGUACUUCAUGAGCAAUCGGUCUCGGGGGCGAAUGAUAGCGACAUUCUCGAAACGCGAGCUUACCUUGCGAUGAUCGCUGGAGCAUUGUGGUUGGAAAAGCGCAAAUGGGAGCAGUGCCUCCGUGACUACUCCAUUGCCCGAAUCAUCUAUACAGCUCUUGGCCAGAGAGCCAGAAAGGAUGCUUUUCGGGAUCUUCUUGCUGGAACCGUCGACCCCAGUCUCCGAUAUGCCGCCUAUCAGAUGAAGCUCCCUCGCUCCAAGCCCACCUCAUCCUUGGCCAUUGAGUUUUUCCCAUCGGACUCAGACAUCCGGGCUGAAGUCGAGAAGAUUGACCCCACCUGUCUCGCAGAAGAGGCCGCUGGAACCCGAAGAACGGCAGAAGGGGAGGUGCAACAACUGCCCGAAUCCAUUACAUGGAGGUCCCGCACGGUUGCACUAGAAGAUGCCUCAAUCUCUCAGGCCUUGGCUGCUGCCUCUGCUGCUGAGGCUCGUCUUGCUACUUGGCUGGCUGACGCAGGAAAACCCGCGGCGGCUAAGGACAAAGCUGGGGCUUAUGACAACGUGAUUAUUGCUAGUCAGGAUGCGGUCGAUGCGACCAAGACUGCCAUUGAUGACUUGGCUGGAGAAGGUGUCGAUCCCGGUGAUAAGAGAAUGCAGGCUCUCCAAAUCACUCGGACUGCCGUCAAUUACACUCUGGUCGGAUGGCGAGUUGGGCGCAACCGGGUGCUUUGUGGCGAGCAGGACGGUCUGUCGUUCGGGGAGGAGCAAAAUUUCAAGGACGGACAGGGCACGAAACGAACUGCGGGUAACGGGAAGAAGUUGAACAGGCUGCGUGAGCGUGUGGUGCUGUAUGACUCAACUCUGCAAAGUCUGGAGUUUAUCCUCGAGCUUCCCGGAGUUGCCGCCGAUUCUGCCUUUGUGCAGGAUCUAGAGGCAAAGCGACACUACUUCCGAUCUCUCAGGUGCCUGGCCCUGGGCCGAUCUCAUGGCGUUCUCGGAAAACCGACCGAGGCCCUCGCACUGUUUUCUCAAGCUUUGAAUCUUGCUGAAUCUGCCUCGAACCUUUCGUCGGUCGAUGCAACGGGUCCUCCGAAACUCGAUGUCUCUCGUACACAGGUUAUCGCCUUAGAGUCGACUCUGCGAGAGCUGGUCGCCCAGCAUCGUGGGCUCGUUACGCUCGAGCAGCUCACCGCCGAGAAGGGUUUCCAGGCCCAUCCGCGUCCUCUGGUGGAACGACUAGACCAGUUCGCUGGGCCAGGGACGAAUCUCAGUAAUCUGGUGCCGUACCCGCCACAAGUGCAGCCUGUGCCCGUGAAGCCGCUAUUCCUGGAUGUGGCAUGGAACUACAUUGACUACCCACAUGCUAGAGCGGAGCAGCAGGGCCAGGCUGAGGAGAAGAAGGAGGGCCGCCGGGGAUGGUUUGGCUUUGGUCGGUGA